AUAAUAAAAUUAAAAAAGAAUAUAUUUUACAUUGUCAUAGACAAAGAACCUAGGUUGGAAUUUUGUUGGCGACCAUGGCAGCAGCAUCUCUUUUGCACAUAGUAGCGCUUCCGUUGCCACUCCAAGGCCACAUCAAUCCCCUCCUCCACCUCUUGGCUCGUCUCUGCGGCCCAGAUCUCAUCACCACGCUCCUAGUUCCACAGCAAGACGUCCAUCGCAUGCAGCGCUCCCCCAAUCCACACGUCCGCGUCCUUCCACUCCCUCCCAGCGUCUUGGAGAUCAGCCACAUCGCUGGCCUGCCGAGCACGAGCCAACUCUCUGCCGUUCUAGACGCUCUCGAGGAGGCCGAGGACAAUCUCGCUGCCUUCAUCUCGGGACUCGGUGGCGAUGGAGUUUGGAGCUCUCCAAUCUGCUGCAUCCUGCUGGAUUCCUUCGUCGAGAUGGGCCAAGAUCUUGCGGACAGGCUCAAGCUCCCCAGAAUUGCUAUGUGGACCGCCUCGGCAGCGACUUUUCUCAUCAAUUGCAAUCUCCCUCAACUGAUCUCCCGAGGCAUGCUACCUUUCACAGAGACGAGUGAUCCGGACUCUGUCAUCGACUUCAUCCCUGGGAUCGACAGUCUUUCCAUCAAAGAUAUCCCAUCCUCCCUGCUUACUUCCACCCCCGAGGGGCUCGAGCGAAGAUCUCGCAUUUUCUCCCGGAACAAGGAGGCAGCUUGCAUCUUCCUGAAUACCGUCGAGGAGCUGGAGCGCAAGGUCGUUGCUGCCAUCCAGGAGCUUCUUCGUCCCGCAAAGUUCUUGACCAUCGGGCCCCUGCUACCCAGCUCGUUCUUGUCUGACCAUCCAGCUGAUGAGAACACUGUGUCGGCCGAAGGAGUUUGGAAGGAAGAUAUGCACUGCUUGAGCUGGCUCGACGAGAGAGAGCCGAGGUCGGUCCUAUACGUGUCUUUCGGAAGCAUGGCGACGUUGAAAGCGAACCAGAUAGAGAAGUUGGCUCUAGGCCUCGAAUCGAGCGGGCAGCCAUUCCUGUGGGUGAUGAGGCCGAACCUUGUGAGCGAGUCUGAAGCUCCUAACUUCUGCGAGGACUUCGUCGUGAGGACUAAGUCGCAGGGACUGGUGAUUUCCUGGGCACCGCAGCUUCAAGUUCUCAAGCAUCCGUCCGUUGGAGGCUUUCUGACGCACUGCGGGUGGAAUUCCACCUUAGAAGCCGUCUGCAGUGGAGUUCCUUUGCUAUGCUGGCCUUGCUUCGCCGAGCAACAUCUCAACUGUAAGAUCAUCGUCGACGACUGGAAGGUCGGGCUGAGCUUUUUCCGAGGCUCCUGUCACGGUGUGGCGAGCAAGGAGGUGGUUCAUCAAGUGAUCAGGCGGCUCAUGGUGGAAGAUCCUGGAAAAGAAAUCAGGAAAAGAGCCAUAGAACUUAGAAAUGAGAUUAGAAGUACCGUGACAGAAGGUGGGUCAUCCGAUAGGAACUUGUCCGCCUUUGUUGACUUGAUCUCAAAACGAUUGGUAUAGUUAAGUCGAAGUAACAUG